AUGCCGGAGGGCGAUAAACCCCCUCCCCCUGCGGAGGGCACGCCGGUCUCCGUGACCGUCGGCCAGCCCGCGCCGCCCGGCUCGACCGCGAGUCUCGCGCGCGCGCACCCCGUCGAUCUCGCCGGCUCGGGGCCGUCGCAAACGGGCCCGCCCACGACGAACGGCGCGAUUCCCGUCGCGCCCGCGGCCUCGAGCGAGACCCCGCACCGCGCGGACAUCAGCGUCACGCAGUGGAGCGGCCAGGUCGCCCCGCGCGGCGUCGCGAUGCACCCCGCGCUCGGCCCGAUGUACGCGCACGACGCGAACUACCUCCUCUCCACGACCGCGGACCUCGACCCGGACGUCUACCCGCGCGGGAUGGGGAUGCGCGUGCUCCCGAGCGCGCACGAUCUGGGGCACUUCGACGGCCGCGUCCUCGACGCGUCGUCGUCGUACUACAGCACGAACCUGUUCGACUGCCACAAAGAUCUGGACGCGUGCGUAUGGGGCGCGCUGUGCACGCCGUGCCAGCUCGGCGAGUCCGCGCGCGACGGACGCGCGGGCGACUGCUGCGGCGUCGCGACCGCGAUCGUCGUCUCGCUGGGUCUCCUCAACCAGCUGCUGCCGUGCCUGGGCAACUUCGUCGCGGGCGGCUUCGCGGCGACGGUGACGAACCGCGUCGCGCUCAAUUACGGCAUCACGGAGCCGACGGACCUCAUCACAGCGUGCGCGUGCAUGCCGUGCGUGUCGUGCCGCCUCGCGCGCGAGAUCAAGCGCCGGACCGCGAUGGGACAGGAGCCGAUCGACUUCCAUCAGUUGUGGCUGGCGUCGGGCGGGAGAAUAAACCCGUGGCAGUUCGCGGAGCUGGCGCGCCCGCGCGCGCAGGAGAUGUCGCGCGACGACGCCGACGGGGAACCGACCAGCCGGGAUACGAUGGUGACGUACGUCGCCGUGGUGGGAGGGGACGACGCCGACGGCGUGCAGGUGCAAGGGGUCGCCGUCGCGGAGGAGUGCGGGGGGGACGGGAAAGGCGCGGCUAAUGCGGCGGCGGCGAAGGAGGCGGCGCCGGACGCGGACGGGGACGAGAAGCUUCUCCCGCAGGUGUGAUCCGAUCCGAUCGUGUUUGUUUGCAGUAGUGUACCCUCGCUUGUAACACCAGACGAUUCGCCGACCCGAGCCGGGUCGCGCGCGACAACAGAAACUAGA